CUCGCUCAUUGGCCGAACUGUUUCGCCAAAGAAUUUGAAAAGCGUCUUUUCCAACGGCUGCGAACACGAAGAGCGUCGAGGAGAAAUCAGAUCAGAGAGGAUACAGAAACGCGACCAGCAGAACAAUGGCUCCGAGGAAACGAACCACUAACGCCAAAGCCAAGAAGAACGUCAAGAUGCCGAAAUUAGAAGCCUUUCUUCUUGAUUUCGACGAUGAGGUGCGCACCAUAGUCAAGAGGCUGAAGGACAAGACCAACAACCUGUUGAAAGAUGCAGACAAUCUGUACAACAUGGCACUGAUCAAACUGCCCAUGGCAGUGCGACAGAUUAACUGGAUUCAGUACUGUGGUUCAGAAAAGCCAAAAACACCAGUGGAUGAGUCGAAGCAAAAGGAGGUGGCUGCUGAAGUGGAGCUGGCCAUAGCUCAGGAUCACACAAUUCCACCCAAGUCAGCCAAAAAAGCUGCGAAGACCAGUGCAAACUCUGAAGAUGAAGAGAACCUGGUGUCUAAAUCUACAACAAAAAAGGGAAGGCCAAAGAAAGCACCAUCGACCUCCAAAAAAGCCAAAGCGCUUUCUGUCAACAAACAGAACAGCUCCAUCAGAAAAUCCACUAGAAAGCCCUUAGUCACUCCAGCCAGAAGUUUCCUGGACUCCUCCAUCAUGGGCCCAACUCCUCUCAUCACACCUCGCUUUGAUUCAAGGUUGCCCAAGACUCCUGCACUGAGAGUUCCUCGUCACAAAGAGAAGGUGUACAGCAUCUCUGUAAACGGCUCUCCUAUCGCUGGAUGCACUGAGGACAUUGUCAUCAAUGUCCCUCUGGGCAAUGGAGAGUGUAUUCAGCUGCUGGCUAGUGAGAUGGAUACUGUUGAUCUACGCCAACUGGAUGAUAAGGCAGUACGCAGUAUCAGACAGCUGCAGACCCGACUCACAACCCUCUGUGGAACAUCACAGUGACCUGAUGGAAUUUGUGGAAAUCGUAGAUGUUGCUCUGAAUUUUUAAAACUUGUCAUGUUUAUAUUGUGACCUUGUCAGGUUUCUCUUCUUUGUGCUUUUUCUGUCCUGUCAGAUUUCCAUGGGCAUUUCACACUGUACAUACUUUCAUUUAGAGUGUAGUUUUCGGUGGUGGUGGUUUUUGUAAUAAGUUUGUGUGUGUAUAUAUAAUCCAAAGGAAACAUGCUUUUUCUCUUUUAUCAGAUUUUUAUCAUUGCAUGUAUUCUGUACUGCUCUUCUCAGUGAGAAGAAAAAAUGUCUAUCCUAACAGAACCAUGUAUCUCUAAAUUUAUAACUCUGCAGGAAAAGGCAAAUGUGCUUUCAAUGUAAGGUUAUGUAACACAAUUUUAUUUCUGAUGUACAUUCCUGUUGGUCCAUUCACCAUCAGAUGGUCACAAUAUAAAGGAUAGCUGCUGUGCUGAUAAU